CAAUUUUAGUUGGUAUCCGUUGUAUGGCAUUGUUGCCCACUCCAUCAGCUUAGUUAACCUCAACAAUGGCUGCCACUUUUUCCAUUUCCCACUCAAGUUCUCCAACCACAUUUUCGCAGUUUUCAUCUUAAAUUCUACUCCAAUCAUCAUUCACUAACACAUGCCUCUCACCCCACCCCUCGCACAUCAAUCUCUCCCCAGCAAAUGGAUGAUUCCGGUAGCCCUACCGCCGGCGGAAUUUUCACUCAGAAAACUCCGAUUCUCGAACAGAAACUCUUCAUCGUCAUAAUCGCUACAGUCGUGAUCGUGCUCGCUGCUAUUUGCCUAAUUCUCCUGUUCCUCCGCAAUCGGAGCUCAAAGCGGCUCAACAUUGGCUCGAACAAGAGCUCCGGAAUUCCGCCGCCGGUUUCUAGUAAGACCGGCGAUGAGAGGGAGGCGGAUCGGAGGCAGGUGAAGAGUGAGACGGACAAGGUGUUUGUGAUCGGGGGCGUUUCGCAGGGUUUGGAUGCGGAGUCGGAUAGCAAGGAGUCGAGCACGACGCGGAGCGAGUCCUCGCCGGCGUCGACUGACGGUUUGGGGAGCUCUGGGUGGGGGCGGUGGUACAGCAUGAGAGAGCUGCAGAUUGCGACGAAUCAGUUCUCGAGUCAAAAUGUGAUUGGAGAAGGUGGUUAUGGAAUUGUUUAUCGUGGGGUUUUGCAGGAUGGUUCCGUGAUUGCGGUGAAAAAACUUCUGAACAAGAAGGGUCAGGCAGAGAAAGAGUUUACAGUGGAGGUUGAAGCUAUUGGGAAAGUAAAGCACAAGAACCUCGUGAGUCUCCUAGGUUAUUGUGCUGAAGGAGCUCAAAGGUUGCUGGUCUAUGAGUACAUUGACAAUGGCAACUUGGAGCAGUGGUUACAUGGCAAUGUGAGGCCAGUUAGUCCGCUGACUUGGGAGAUCCGCAUGAAAAUUGCCAUUGGGACAGCUAGAGGACUAGCAUACUUACAUGAAGGAUUAGAGCCCAAAGUUGUCCAUCGGGAUGUAAAAUCCAGCAACAUUCUACUAGACAGGAAAUGGAACCCAAAAGUGUCAGACUUUGGACUCGCCAAGUUAUUGGGACCUGAGAAAAGCUAUGUGACUACACGAGUGAUGGGAACAUUCGGAUAUGUCUCCCCUGACUAUGCAAGCACUGGUAUGCUCAAUGAGGGGAGCGAUGUAUACAGCUUUGGAAUUCUACUCAUGGAAAUAAUAACCGGAAGGAGCCCAGUAGACUAUUCAAGACCGCCAGGAGAGAUGAACUUGGUAGAUUGGUUCAAAGGGAUGGUAUCAAGUCGGCGUAGCGAAGAGAUUACUGACCCACUGAUGGCUGUUCCUCCUCCCCCAAGAGCACUCAAGAGAAUACUACUGCUUUGCCUCCGAUGUAUAGACUUGGAUGCCAUCAAACGUCCUAAGAUGGGUCAGAUUGUACACAUGCUUGAGGCUGAUGAAUUUCCUUUCCGCGUGGAGCCUCGUCCGGUUCGUGAUACAGCAUCUCUUCAGGCUCAAGUAUCAAGCAGUAAUAGAGCUAAGGGAAGAUGAUUAGUUUUGUUCAUAUAUUAUUGUCUUAAUGUGUGUAUACAUAUUAAAGUGCAGAGGAUGACUGAACUUCUGUGUAGAACAACAGUUUAUUCUUUCUUCACCAGUCACAUACUCCCUCCGUCCCUCUGUAGUAGAGGCGUUUCAUUUUCAGCACUCGUUUCGGAAAAAUGAUAAUAAAUAAUUAAAAUAGAGAAAAUAUAAAAUAAGAGAAAGAAUAAUAUAGAGAAGACUCAACUAUAUUAUUCUCUUUUUUAUUUUACUUUCUCUCCCCUUUAACUAUUUAUUAUAAUUUUUCGAAAACGAGUGUUCUAAAUGAAACACAUCUACUACAAAGGGACGGAGGGAGUAUCAUUUAAAUGAGGUUGUAAAUAUAUAUAGGCUUCAUAUGUUUUAGCUUCACAAUAUUUCAACUGAAUAUGUUCCUUUUCCUA